CCGGUCUCAUGCUGUGUUCCUGAACCAUAUAUGGAGACAACCGCCGCCAACCUCCCGAAUGAACCUUAGAUCCUAUAGUACCAAGGCACAGUGAUCAGUGAUAUACCAUGAAUGGUCGCAACGGCACAAUGUCUCCCGUCUCCGCGGACGACAGCGAAUGGUCUGGCAUCGGCCAGUAUCAACUUGGCCUUAAACAAGAUCCCCCGUUUUCGCCGACCAUGUCAAGCCGAGGAGCCCUGGCUACGCCUCCAGUCUCUGCUGGUCCGUCGCCCAGUUCCAUGGGACUGAACGUGGCACAACCCGCCCCGCGCCGACCGGGAGAUUCUGGAAACCCGUCGCCGCCUAGUUCUAUCGCGGCGAGAUCAAGUGUUGGCACUUUAUCCGAUCAACAGAGUGGGCGAUACCGAAGGAUGGAGGAGUCUCUUGCACAACACUACAAUGCCUUGCGACGAUACCUCGGGAACCCGUAUGCAAGCGAGAGGGCAGCAAUGAAAACAAACAAGGCGCGCGACAAGUUGUUGAGAUUGUCGCCGACCCAAUUCCACGAAUUAAGUACAGAUGUUUUCGAUGAACUUAUCCGUCGACAGCAGGCCGCUGGAGGUCCAGGCCGCCCUCCACGGCCUGAUAUUCCGCCUUUCUUACCACCUCGCGAAGAUUUUCAUGAAAAACGUAAUCAGGCUCGUCAGAAGCUUGCUUCUCUCCAACCGGCGCGUUUUCGGGACUUAGCCACUGAUGUCUUUUGCGAGCUGGAGCGCCGUUUCCCACAAUUUGCCGGACCGGAUAUGCCUCGCAUAGGCAGCCCAGCUGGCAGUAUGCGCGGCGGACCGCCCAAUGGCUAUCGGCCAGGUUCGAAUGGUUUCCCGCCAAAUGGAUUUCCUGGGGGACCCCGGCCAGGAUCGCGAGGGCCCGGUGGGAGAGGUUAUCCACCUGGAGGUCCUCCAGGCGGUCGUUUUCCACCUCGUCAGCAAUCUCUGGGCGGAGGCGUGAGUCCCAAUGGUGAUGAGCCUUUACCUAAAUCAUUUCAAAGCAAUACGAUUGUGCCAAACAAGAGCACGUUGGUUGAAGAUGAUGACCUGGAUGAUGAUUAUGACGGACGUAGUGAUGCUUUUGGAUUGGACUCUUUGCAGAGCCGAAGAGGCACAACGACAACAAUUGGAGAGAAGAAGCUUCUGGCUGACAGUCAAGCACAAGUCUCUAACUUACAAGAGCGUAUUGAUGAGAUGGAGAGUUUGAUGAAGAGCAAGGACGAGGAAAUUUCCCGGUUACAAGAAGAACAUGAAAAAUCUCAGGCUAGCAGCAGCGAACGUGAGGAGUGGGAAAGCUUGAAGGCCGAGUUGGAAAAUAAGGUGAACGAUGUGGAAAAUGCGAAUACGUAUUUGCAAACAAAAAUCGACCAAUUACAGGACGAGCAUUCGGCUAAGGAGCGCGAUCUUCUUGAGCAGCUAGAGACUGCUCAUAGCGUAGGUGGUGACAUUGAAUUGCAACAACAAUACGAUAGUCUGGAAACACGUCAUCAAACGUUACAAGUUCAGCUGCAAGAACAGCAAAAGACGACAGAAGAGGUUCGUCGAGACGCAGCCACCUUCUUGAAAGAAAUGAGAGCCAUGUCCGAGCGAAGUAACGCCACUUGGGAACGGGAAGAAAAGCUGUCUCGUGAUGUCAAUCGUCUCGAGGAAGAAGUCAAGGAAUGGAAGAGUCGGUAUAUCAAGGCAAAGACACAAUUGCGACAUCUACGGACAUCUUCAGUGGGAAUAUCCAACUUCCGCCCUGAUGUUGGCAAUUUCGCCAAGGAAAACGAACUGAUGCAGCCCAAUGGCAUGGUUAAAGACACGCAUGUGACCAAGUUCCAGAUUUCGAUCGACGAGCUGCUGCGUACUGCUCGAUCUGGCGAACCUGGCCUAGUCCUCGAGCAGAUGAAAGUCGUCGUCGUCACUGUUCGUCAUAUCAUUAACGACAUGGAGGCAAGUCAGAAUGGCGAAGAAUUGCCUUUUGCGCAAAAGCGGGCCAAGUCUAAAGUUUCGGUUACUGCGAAUAACUUGAUAACGGCAUCCAAGAACUUUGCUAGCUCGAGUGGCUUGUCUCCGAUUUCCUUACUUGAUGCAGCAGCAUCCCAUUUGAGUACUGCGAUUAUUGAACUGCUUCGACUAGUGAAGAUUUGUGCUAGUCCCGCUGAGGAGCUGGAAGAUGAAGACGAAGACAAUAUUGCUCCUAUGCAAUCCCCAGGCUACUUUAGCGUAGCACCCAGCCAGGGUCGGCUCAGCAACAACGGUUCUGUUUAUAGUGCGAUUAGUUCCCCAUCGACGAGGCCUCGAAGCAUGGGCCACUCGCGCAACACCAUGUCCCGAAGUGGUAUACCUGGGAUCCAGGCUCUGGCUACGGCUGGAAAAGCUGGCUACGGAAUGCGCCCACAGGAUCACGAAUUAGAAGAACUGAAGCUUUACCUCGAAGACCAAACCCAAGGCUUAGUCCAAACUAUCCAGGCCCUUGUUACUAGCAUCCGCGGCGGCGAGGCUAUCUCGUCCAUCCGCGGCCAUAUUGCAAAUAUAUCGGUUGUGGUAGGCAAUGUGGUAUCUUCCACCGAUCAUGCCAUGAACAAAGCCGAGAUCAGCCCGACAGUACGACAACGCGUAGGCCCGGUUGUUCAAACCCUGGCAGACUGCUCUGACCGACUGUCUCAAACUGGGGCUGAAGGUGAGGGAGUUGACAGUCCUGAUCAGCUGCGGGAUAUCACUAGCAAGCUACCGCCAAUUGCGUUCGAAAUUGCACGCGAAACGAAAGAGCUUGUUCAACGUAUUGAUCAACUCGAAUUAGACGAGGAGGACAAUGAUGAAUUCCGUUAAUAGCUUUCUUACGAUGCGAGUUUAAUCCACAAUCUAUUCUUCUUUUCGAUCAUAUUCAGCGACAAUUUUUGAUUCCAUUUUUCAUUACGCAC